AUGUCUCUUGUAUACACCAAGCCAGUCUCGUCUACUGGCAUCCUUGCUGAUGUGUUCAAACCGGACACAUCAACAGAAAUCGUAAAAGUUCAUGUCAGCCAGGGAAUCUGCGCGAUAGACAUAGUUGUGAACUUGGUUGGAUUCUACGAGAUUGACAGAGUUGUCCGUGGAAAUGCGAAGGUGCACCUGCUCCGGUGCAUCAUCAUCAUCUGUAUCAGCAUCAGGCUGUUCGUCAUCUUCCGGAUUCAAGCUACCCACGCGAGAGCAAUGACAGGACCUCUUAAUGGUGCCAUCGAGGCACUGAAGGGCAACAGAAUUGGUGUCUGGAUCAAAGUACGAAUGGUCAACAAUCUCGUGUGGGAACAAGAAGCGACAACGUCCUUCAUUCCCGUACUUAUGGCAGACAGCACGGCAUUGAUGUCGUUGAAGGGCUUCUCCACAGCGUUUAAUCUCCGUUGA